GUAGCGCCGACUGUCGGGAUGCAGCGAGUAGAUUAAACGGAUCGAAGGGCGAAACGGCUGUUAUGGAGUGUCAUGUUUUAUUUUAAUUACCCCAAAAGCUGACGAAAAGGACUUAAACGUGAUCAGACGGACAUGAAUUUACCGAUUGUGUUGAGCUGAAGCAACAGGUGAGACAGAGGCGUUGUGACAUGACAAGGUGGUCAAAUGACAGGUGUGUGUUCAGAUCUCACAGCCUAGGGUGCCUACAGAGACGUGUUUUUUUGACAGCCUGCUUAUGGGGAAACUAGUGGAUCGUUAAAAAACACAUAGUGUACGAAGAUGUGAACAGCUCAGAAUACAACAUCACGUGUUGUCAUCUUGAGACCACUAACCUGUCCUCUUGGUCCACAUAGGGAAAGUUAUCAAGAAUAUGGUCCGUCUUCGGUUGUCACCUGCAUCUCUUCAUUAUCCCAUUGGAUCACGAGUUUGUAUGCAGCUCUCAUCAGGCACUUGGACAUCACAUCUGCAGGUUUGAGAGAGUCGAAUGUCUGUGAUAGGAGACAGCAGAAGGUCCAAGCAGUCUUCGUGGUGUCUGAAGGGACUGAGAAGACGUUGAGAGUCUUGACUUGGAAGAUAUGGCAGAGCAUGGAGAGCUGCUAGCAGAAAUGGCAACUAUCGGCCGUCUUUCGGCCACUGAGCGCCUGAAGCAGGCGCAGAAGAGACGCGCGCAGCAGCUGAAAGGCUGGGAGCAGAUGGACAAGGACAGUGCCCGUGGUCACAAGGGAGAUGGGGUGAAGAAAGGCAGAAGGGUGACCUUCCACACCAACAUAACGUUACUGGAGGCUUCAGCCAGGAAUGACAUAGAGGAGGUACGAGAGUUGCUGAAUAAUGGAGUCAGUCCAGACCUGUACAAUGAGGACGGGCUCACUGCGCUACAUCAGAGCUGCAUAGAUGAUUUUUUGAAUGUAGCCCGCUGUCUUCUGGACGCGGGCGCAAACGUGAAUGCGUGUGACAGUGAGCUAUGGACCCCUUUACAUGCAGCGGCCACCUGCGGGCACACUAACCUCGUCCAGAUGCUGAUAGAAGCGGGUGCAGAUCUGUUGGCGGUGAAUGCCGAUGGAAACAUGCCGUAUGAUUUGUGUGAGGACGAGGCUACGCUAGAGCUCAUAGAGAUGAUCAUGGCAGAGCAGGGGAUUACUCAGGAGAGAAUUGACGAAUGUCGCGGAGCCAAGGAGAAAGCGAUGCUGUCUGACCUCCGAGAGCUGGUGGCGAGCGGAGGUGAUCUGAAUGUGAAGGACGAGCAGGGGGCCACUCUGCUGCAUAUAGCUGCUGCUCAUGGAUACAUGUCAGUGGGGGAGCUGUUGCUCGAGCACAGGAUUUCUCCUGACGACCGGGACGCUGACGGGUGGACGCCGCUCCAUGCUGCCGCCUGCUGGGGACAGAUCCAUAUGGUGGAGUUGCUGGUGGCUAACGGUGCGAGUUUAAACGCCAAGUCUGAGCUGGACGAGACUCCUCUGGAUGUGUGCACUGAUGAGGAGGUCCGGGCCAAAAUGAUGGAGUUGAAACACAAGCAUGAUGCCAUCAUGAAGGGUCAGGACAAACACAAGAACACACUGCAGAGACGAGUGUCCAGCACGGGCAGCAGAGGUAAAGUAGUGAGGCGCAGCAGUGUGAAUGAGCGCAGCAGUCUGUACCGCAGAGAGCAUCAGAAGGAAGCCAUGGUGUGGAAAGAGAGAGGAAGACAGACAGAUGCCCUGGAUGAUGAUGAAGACAGACAGACGGAUGCAGAACUGAACCUGCACGCUGCACUGGUGUCCGGUACUAAUGCCACCCCUGUUCAUCCAUUAGAGGUUAUGGAGGUGGAAAACGGAGCUCAGGUUUUGGGGAACGGCAGCACAGCGGCCUUUUCCUCCUCACUUCCUGGAGAACUCCAGGGCGGGGGCCGCAGGGAUCGCAGCGCAUCCUAUCAGCUCACUCCGGAUUCGGAUGCUACCAGCGGGGACAGCAUGAGCCGAGAGAGAUCUCACCACACGCUCGCAGAUCUCAAGCGGCAGAGAGCUGCGGCUAAACUACAGAAACACCCGGCACCUCCUUUACCCCUGUCUGCUGGCCCUCAGGAUGAGCUCGUCCCUGAAGGGCCACUGGAACCCAUUAUAUCGCUACAGCAGGACGCGGCCCCCAAUGCAGUGUACUUUACCCCAGCCAGUGGAGAUCCACCUCUACUGAAGCUGAGAGCACCAGAGGAGGACACGACUAACACAAAAGAGCCGUGCUGUGGACUCAUGUAGAAGCAGCAAAUGAACACGUUUGGCUUCAUGUGAUCGCGCAGUUCUUAUGUGCCGCAUGGACGAACGUAAAAUAUCAGGCAGGUACGUGGAAAUGAGUUUUUAUGUGCAAGUCAAGCUUUCUCUCAUGGAAUAAUAGCAAUGACUGGAUUGAAUAACACGCGAAGAAAUAAGAAGAAAAAAACAGCCCAUGUUUUCAAAACUUCCAUUAUUUGCAGUAUUUCACACUAUUAUGCUUUUAUUUUAUUUAGUUGUUAUGGUCAUUAAAGUUUCAAAGGCUCUGUUCAAUACAGAAAAAAACCCGACACAGCACUUUACUUGACCAAACUUUCAUCAAUCUUCAUAUCUUCAAUGGAUAUAUGUACUGUAUAUGUAAAAUCAUAUUGGUAUAAAUAAGCUCAUUUGAAUUGCACUGAUCAAAGUAAAAUCGCAUUUCAUUAUUGCAUUUUUAAAGGAGUAGUUCACUUUUAAAAAAAACUUUUGCUGAUUAUUUACUCACCCCCAUGU